CCUCCACUGCCUUUCCCGCUGUCUCUUCUUAUCUCUGGUCUGUGUGUGUCUCUCUCCUGCCUCUUGCCCCCUCUGUCUCUCCAUUUCUUCCUGUCUCUCGCUCUUCAUUUGUUUCUCUCUGCUUCUGCCGCGGCUCCUUCUCUUACCCAACUUUCCCCUCUCAUCCUGACUGUGCGUCUCCCUCACUCUCUGUCUCUGUCACCUUCCCUAUCUCUGUCUCCUCCCUGUCUCGUUCUCCCUUAUCUCUGUCCCUCAUCUCUGUCUCCCUCCGUGUCGUCCCCUCCCUCUCUCCAUCACCCAACCUUCCCCUUUCGCCCCGUCUCUCCCGUGUCUCCCCUCGGGCUCUGCCCUCGCCUCCCGUCCACGCAGAGGCCGCCCGGCGGGGCCCGCAGGCGAUGCGCGGCGCCGGUGGCCCCCGCGGCCCUCGGGGCCCCGCUAAGAUGCUGUUGCUGCUGGCGCUGGCGUGCGCCAGCCCGUUCCCGGAGGAGGUGCCGGGGCCGGGCGCGGCCGGCGGGGGCACGGGCGGGGCGCGGCCGCUCAACGUGGCGCUGGUCUUCUCGGGCCCGGCGUACGCGGCCGAGGCGGCGCGCUUGGGCCCGGCCGUGGCGGCGGCAGUGCGCAGUCCCGGCCUGGACGUACGGCCCGUGGCGUUGGUGCUCAACGGCUCCGACCCUCGCAGCCUAGUGCUGCAGCUCUGCGACCUGCUGUCGGGGCUGCGCGUGCACGGCGUGGUGUUCGAGGACGACUCGCGCGCGCCCGCCGUCGCGCCCAUUCUCGACUUCCUGUCGGCGCAGACCUCGCUGCCCAUCGUGGCCGUGCACGGCGGCGCCGCGCUCGUGCUCACACCCAAGGAGAAGGGCUCCACCUUCCUGCAGCUUGGCUCCUCCACAGAGCAACAGCUGCAGGUCAUUUUUGAGGUGCUGGAAGAGUACGACUGGACAUCUUUUGUGGCAGUGACCACGCGUGCCCCAGGCCAUCGGGCCUUCUUGUCCUACAUCGAGGUGCUGACUGACGGCAGUCUGGUGGGCUGGGAACAUCGAGGAGCGCUGACACUGGACCCCGGGGCGGGUGAGGCUGUCCUGGGUGCACAGCUCCGGAGUGUCAGUGCGCAGAUCCGCCUGCUCUUCUGCGCCCGCGAGGAGGCAGAGCCUGUUUUCCGGGCCGCAGAAGAGGCUGGUCUCACUGGGCCUGGCUACGUCUGGUUCAUGGUGGGACCCCAGUUGGCCGGAGGUGGGGGAUCCGGGGUCCCUGGGGAGCCCCUUCUUCUGCCAGGAGGUGCCCCACUGCCUGCCGGGCUGUUUGCAGUGCGCUCUGCUGGCUGGCGUGACGACUUGGCACGUCGAGUGGCUGCUGGUGUGGCGGUGGUGGCCAGAGGCGCCCAGGCCCUGCUGCGAGACUAUGGCUUCCUGCCUGAGCUGGGCCAUGACUGCCGAGCCCAGAAUCGCACCCACCGCGGGGAGAGUCUGCACAGGUACUUCAUGAACAUCACCUGGGAUAACCGAGACUACUCCUUCAAUGAGGAUGGCUUUCUGGUGAACCCGUCACUGGUGGUCAUCUCCCUCACCAGAGACAGGACGUGGGAAGUGGUGGGCAGCUGGGAACAGCAGACCCUCCGCCUCAAGUACCCGCUGUGGUCCCGCUAUGGCCGCUUCCUGCAGCCAGUAGAUGACACACAGCACCUCACUGUGGCCACGCUGGAGGAGAGACCCUUUGUCAUUGUAGAGCCUGCAGAUCCCAUCAGCGGAACUUGCAUCAGAGACUCGGUCCCCUGCCGGAGCCAGCUCAACCGUACCCACAGCCUGGUCGCUCCCCGCAGCCCUCCGCCUGACGCUCCGCGCCCUGAGAAGAGAUGCUGCAAGGGUUUCUGCAUUGACAUUCUCAAGAGGCUGGCACACACCAUCGGAUUCAGCUAUGACCUCUACCUGGUUACCAACGGCAAGCAUGGCAAGAAGAUCGAUGGCGUCUGGAACGGCAUGAUUGGUGAGGUGUUCUAUCAGCGCGCGGACAUGGCCAUCGGCUCCCUCACCAUCAAUGAGGAGCGCUCAGAGAUCGUGGACUUCUCCGUCCCUUUUGUAGAGACAGGCAUCAGCGUCAUGGUGGCACGCAGUAAUGGCACUGUGUCCCCCUCUGCCUUCCUCGAGCCCUACAGCCCCGCUGUGUGGGUGAUGAUGUUCGUCAUGUGCCUCACCGUGGUCGCCGUCACAGUUUUCAUCUUUGAGUACCUCAGUCCUGUGGGCUAUAACCGAAGCCUGGCCACGGGCAAACGCCCUGGCGGCUCCACCUUCACCAUUGGAAAAUCCAUCUGGCUGCUGUGGGCCCUGGUGUUCAACAACUCGGUGCCAGUGGAGAACCCUCGGGGCACCACCAGCAAGAUCAUGGUACUGGUGUGGGCCUUCUUUGCUGUCAUCUUUCUCGCCAGCUACACAGCCAAUCUGGCCGCCUUCAUGAUCCAGGAAGAGUAUGUGGACACCGUGUCUGGGCUCAGCGACCGGAAGUUCCAGCGGCCACAGGAGCAAUACCCACCCCUGAAGUUUGGGACGGUGCCCAAUGGGUCCACGGAGAAGAACAUCCGAAGCAACUACCCUGAUAUGCACAGCUACAUGGUGCGCUACAACCAGCCCAGAGUGGAGGAGGCACUCACUCAGCUCAAGGCAGGGAAGCUGGACGCCUUCAUCUAUGAUGCAGCAGUGCUCAACUACAUGGCCCGGAAGGACGAGGGUUGCAAGCUGGUCACCAUUGGCUCCGGCAAGGUCUUCGCCACCACAGGCUACGGCAUUGCCCUCCACAAGGGCUCCCGCUGGAAGAGGCCCAUCGACCUGGCGCUGCUGCAGUUCCUGGGGGACGAUGAGAUCGAGAUGCUGGAGCGGCUGUGGCUUUCAGGGAUCUGUCACAAUGACAAAAUCGAGGUGAUGAGCAGCAAGCUGGAUAUCGACAACAUGGCAGGCGUCUUCUACAUGCUCCUGGUGGCCAUGGGCCUCUCCUUGCUGGUCUUCGCCUGGGAACAUCUGGUGUACUGGCGCCUGCGGCAUUGCCUGGGGCCCACCCACCGCAUGGAUUUCCUACUGGCCUUCUCCAGGGGUAUGUACAGUUGCUGCAGUGCCGAGGCUGCUCCACCGCCAGCCAAACCCCCACCGCCGCCGCAACCGCUGCCCAGCCCCGCAUAUCCCGCUGCUCGCCCGCCCCCUGGCCCCGCACCCUUCGUGCCCCGAGAGCGCGCAGCCGCCGACCGCUGGCGCCGGGCCAAGGGCACAGGGCCCCCGGGGGGUGCUGCGCUAGCCGACGGCUUCCACCGAUACUAUGGCCCCAUCGAGCCGCAGGGGCUGGGCCUCGGCGAGGCGCGCUCGGCACCGAGAGGCGCAGCUGGACGCCCACUGUCCCCACCCACUACACAGCCCCCGCAGAAGCCACCACCUUCCUACUUCGCCAUCGUGCGCGAGCAAGAGCCGGCCGAGCCUCCCGCCGGCGCCUUCCCGGGCUUCCCAUCUCCGCCCGCGCCGCCCGCCGCCGCAGCCGCCGCCGUCGGGCCGCCACUGUGUCGCCUGGCUUUCGAGGACGAGAGCCCGCCCGCGCCCUCGCGUUGGCCGCGUUCCGACCCCGAGAGCCAGCCGCUGUUGGGUGGGGGCGCGGGCGGCCCGAGCACGGGGGCCCCGACCGCACCACCGCCGCGCCGCACCGCGCCACCCCCGUGCGCCUACCUGGACCUCGAGCCUUCGCCUUCGGACUCCGAGGACUCGGAGAGCCUGGGCGGAGCGUCGCUCGGUGGCCUGGAGCCCUGGUGGUUCGCCGACUUCCCCUACCCGUAUGCCGAGCGCCUCGGGCCGCCGCCCGGCCGCUACUGGUCGGUCGACAAGCUCGGGGGCUGGCGCGCUGGUAGCUGGGACUACCUGCCCCCGCGCGGCGGCCCCGCGUGGCACUGCCGCCACUGCGCCAGCCUGGAGCUGCUACCGCCACCGCGCCAUCUCAGCUGCUCGCACGACGGCCUAGACGGUGGCUGGUGGGCGCCUCCCCCUCCACCCUGGGCCGCGGGGCCACCGCCCCGGCGCCGGGCGCGCUGUGGUUGUCCGCGACCGCAUCCGCACCGCCCCCGGGCCUCGCACCGUGCGCCCGCUGCCGCGCCGCACCACCACCGACACAGGCGCGCGGCUGGCGGCUGGGACUUCCCGCCGCCCGCGCCCACCUCGCGUUCGCUCGAGGACCUGAGUUCCUGCCCACGGGCGGCCCCCACGCGCAGGCUCACCGGGCCCUCCCGCCACGCGCGCCGCUGCCCGCACGCAGCGCACUGGGGGCCGCCCUUGCCCACCGCGUCGCACCGGAGGCACCGGGGCGGGGACCUGGGCACACGCAGGGGCUCUGCGCACUUCUCCAGCCUGGAGUCCGAGGUAUGACGCGGCUCCGGCCCCCAACCCCCGCCGCCCCCUCGGUCAGCGCAGGCCACGGCCCGAGGGGGCGCGCUAAGAGGACAGGACCCUCAUGGGUUGGGAAGGACAGAAACGGACCU